AUGGACGAAUACAAAGAAUUGCUGAGUGUUCUGCCGCUGACAACUGUCGAAUUCGCGUUUGCCUACGGUUCAGGAGCAAUUCAGCAAAAAGAUGAGAACAAGGCCGACAAAAUGGUGGAUUUUGUGGUGGUGACGAAAGACGCGAAAAAAUUUCACACCGACAAUCUCUCGCGAAAUCCAUCACAUUAUAGUUUGCUAAGACUCGUUGGUCCCAACAUGAUCGAGAAGAUCCAGUGCAAAUUCGCGGCGAGAACCUACUACAACACACACGUGAGUGUCGGACGGCGAAAAAUCAAGUACGGCGUGAUUUCGCACGAGAACGCGAAGCAAGACCUGCUCGAUUGGCGUUGGCUCUAUAUUGCCGGUAGGCUUCACAAGCCGGUGUUGGACGUCGUCGAGCCGAACGACGAGAUCCGCGAGCUCGUCACCGAGAAUCGACGGGCGGCUCUUCACGCGGCCCUCCUUCUUCUUCCCGAAUCGUUCACACUCAAUCAAUUGAUGCGCACCAUCGUCGGCCUCUCGUACACCGGCGAUUUUCGAAUGAUUAUUGGCGAAGAUCGAAAUAAGAUCACAAAAAUCGCCGACGGCAAUUUCGAGAGCCUUCUCGACGUGUACAACCCGUUGAUGGGCGACGACGCGCGGCUCGCCGUGAUUUCGCCUGAAAAGGUCGCGCAGGACGGCAGCACCACCGCCAUCUAUCAUCGCCUCAAUUUGUUGCCGUCGGAGGUGUUGAAUCGAAUCCAGUUGAUGAUGAAUCGACGGCAGAAGCGACAGCAAGACCAAGAGGAGGUGAUUUUCUCGUUGGCGCAUCGCCACGACGUCGCCGCCACUGUCGAAUCGGCCAUCGGCAGCAUCAUUCGACCGGUGUCGAUAUCGCAAACCGCGAAGAACGCGCUCUCGGCGGGCAUCACCAAAUCGUUCGUCUACAGUCUCGCAAAAAUGACAAAAAUGCUCAAAAGCAAGUAA